GGCGCGCACGUGGGCGAGUUGAUUGAUGGCGCGCUUUGUCAUCCCCGUGCGCGUCCCCGUUUGUCCAUCCCGUUCAUCAUCAUGCCGAAAGCUGACCUGAACAAGGCGGGCUGGGAGCAGUCCGAGUUCCCCAUCCUCUGCGAGACAUGCCUGGGCGACAACCCUUUUGUGCGCAUGAGCAAGCAGGAGUACGGCCGCUCGUGUGGGACGUGCGCGCGGCCCUUCACUGUCUUCCGAUGGAACCCCGGCACGGGCAUGCGCUUCAAGACCACUGUUAUCUGCCAGACGUGCGCGAAGGUCAAGAACGUUUGCCAGACAUGUCUGCUCGAUCUCGAGUAUGGGCUCCCCACUCAGGUCCGCGACACGGCGCUCGGUGUGGUGAACGAUGCACCUACGAGUGACAUCAACCGCGAGUACUAUGCCCAAAAUAUGGAGGCCAAGAUGGCCGACAACCAAUCCGCCGUAAACACUGUCCGCACCUCAUCUGCCGGGAAGGAGAUGCUCAAGCAGCUCGCGCGCACCGAUCCCUACUACAAGCGCAACCGCCCCCACAUCUGCUCCUUCUUCGUCAAGGGGGAGUGCAAGCGCGGGAAGGAGUGCCCCUACCGUCACGAGAUGCCCGUGCAGAACGAGCUGUCAAACCAGAAGCUGCAGGACCGAUACCACGGCGUGAACGACCCGGUGGCGAAGAAAAUCAUGAGGCAACAUGCAGAGGCGCAAGGCUUGAAGCCGCCAGAUGAUGAGACCAUCACAUCCCUCUUCGUCUCCUCCCUGCCGGCCAACUCCACGGAAGCCAGCGUCCGCAACCGCGUCAUUCAAACCCUUCCCUCCAUCUCACCCGAAAGAAUACGAUCCGUCGUCCAUGUCGAGAAGUCAAGAUGUGCCUUCAUCAACUUCAAAGACCGUCAGGCUGCCGAAACGGCCGCUGCUGCCUGGUCCAAUGGCCUUGACUUCGACGAUGGCACCCGCGCGUCCGUCAAGUGGGGAAGGAGCAGGCCAAAGAAGGACGCGGCGACGGGCGCGCCCAUAGCUCCAGCGGUGGCUGCUGCCUCGUAGACGUCCUUCCUUCACUGUACAGGCCAUGUUGGUGUACGUUGACCAUAUGUGUAUCUUAUUGUUGCGAGGCCUUGAUAGCCCGAUAUUGCUCAUGAACUUGGUGUUCACGGUUUAGAAGCGCA